AAAGCUCCCCCACCACAUCUUAUCUCAUCCACAACACACAAAUGGCAACAACACUUUUCAAUCUCUCAUCACCUUCUUCGCCUUCUACUUUCCUCCAUUCUUCAACAACUCUCAAACCCUUUUCUUCUUUCUCCACUAAACCAAAACUUCCCAUCCACUUUACAAAGAAACCCAUCUCUGUUUCAGCCACUUCUUUUCACUCACCACCACCAACUUGUGACCCUCCACCGGAGGUCCAGACCUUCUGGCAAUGGUUCCAGGACCAGCGUGUAAUCUCUGCCAAGUCUCCUGUAAGACCUGGAAUGGUCCCUGAAGGACUUGGACUCAUUGCGAAAAAGGACAUUUCCAGGAACGAGGUUGUCUUGGAGAUUCCUAAUCGGUUUUGGAUAAACCAGGAUGCAGUUGCAGCUUCUGAGAUUGGAAGUGUGUGUAGUGGAUUGAAGCCUUGGGUGGCUGUUGCUUUGUUCUUGAUCAGGGAGAAGUUGAGUAAAGAUUCUGAAUGGAGACUUUAUCUAGAUAUACUUCCAGAGUCAACAGAUUCCACUGUGUUUUGGUCAGAAGAGGAGCUAGCUGAGCUUCAAGGUACUCAACUGUUGAGCACAACAUUGGGGGUGAAAGAAUAUGUCCGGAAUGAAUUCUUAAAAGUAAAGGAAGAAAUAAUACUCCCAAACAAGCAGCUAUUUCCUGCCCUUAUAACAUUGGAUGACUUCUUCUGGGCAUUUGGUAUUCUCAGAUCAAGGGCAUUUUCCCGUCUUCGUGGUCAGAAUCUUGUUUUGAUACCACUUGCAGACUUGAUCAACCACAGCCCUAGCAUAACCACAGAAGAUUAUGCAUGGGAGAUUAAAGGAGCUGGGCUUUUCUCUAGGGAUCUCCUGUUUUCUUUGCGUUCUCCUGUUUCUGUCAAGGCUGGACAGCAGGUUUUGAUUCAAUAUGAUCUAGACAAGAGUAAUGCUGAGUUAGCACUUGAUUAUGGAUUCAUAGAAUUGAAAUCUGAGCGCAAUGCUUACACCUUCACGUUGGAGAUAUCGGAGUCCGACCCAUUUUUCGGAGACAAGCUCGACAUUGCAGAGACAAACGGUUUGGGAGAGAGUGCCUAUUUUGACAUUGUUUUGGGUCGUCCUCUUCCACCGGCACUGAUUCCAUAUCUACGACUGGUGGCACUUGGGGGAACAGAUGCUUUCCUUUUGGAAUCUAUUUUUAGAAAUACAAUUUGGGGUCACCUGUAUUUACCUGUAAGUCGUGCCAAUGAAGAGCUCAUAUGUCGGGUUGUCCGCGACGCCUGCAAAUCUGCGCUGUCUGGCUAUCAUACCACCAUUGAAGAGGAUGAGAAACUGAUGGAAGAGGGAAACCUUGAUCCGAGGCAGAAAAUUGCUGUAGGAGUAAGAGCAGGAGAAAAGAAGGUGCUGCAGCAAAUUGAUGAGAUCUUUAAGGGAAGGGAAUCAGAAUUGGAUUUGUUGGAAUAUUACCAAGAAAGAAGGCUCAAAGAUCUUGGUCUUGUUGGAGAGCAAGGUGAACUCAUCUUCUGGGAGACCAGCUAGGACAUGUCAAAGACUUGCUGUAUGUCGAGGUCCAUGGCAAUUCUAUCCAAACUUUGUUGCCACACCAUUUUAGACAAUACCCUUCAAUCAUGUCUAGUGCUGUGCUGUAGGGAAUUUUGCUUGGUAGAUGAUUUCUGUUGCCUGGUGGAUACUCCUUUUAUCAGCCAUCUGCGUGAGCUAUAUAUUUCUGAAGAAAUUAAUAUUGAAUCGCAUAGACCAUAUCUGGUGACCCAAUCGGCUUAUAAUUGUUAAUGAUUUCCUGGUUAUGCAUCCCUAUUGUGUGAUAAUUUGUUCUAGGUUUAGAAGGUGUGAAAUCAAUUCUUCACAUUGAGGCAUUUGAGGGAAUAGAGAGAAGGAAACUGUACAAUAUUGGUUAAUUCAAUAGUUGAAUUUUGUGACAGUACUGAAUACAAAUCAACAGGUAAGAGGGUGAUAAAAAAACAAAUAAAUUUAUAAGCAAAAGUGGAAAAAUAUGUUUCCUUUUCCUUUUUGUGCCCAGAUGGGAGCUGGAGGAUUUUCUGCUGCCGUUUCUUACAGAACUCUUCCAAGUACAUUUAUACAUGGUCGUUUAGGGCAUUUGUCCCGAACCUGAAUGAAUAUCGUGACAAAGUUUAAAAGGAGUUGUGUGAAACCAUUUCGAGUCGUUUCAGAGCUGCUCACUCA